CGUCUCUUCGCCGCUAGAGGGACACAGUGAGCCGAGCGUGCCAUUCGACGACGUCAUUUCUGUACCAGAAGAAGACCGUCCCCGUCUGCGAUAUCAAAACAUAGGGUGAGCUAAGUCCCAGUGAGGGGGCAGCGGAGGAGCAGGAUGGAUGUCCUGACUCACAUACUUACAGACCCCCUCGAGCCCAAAGAGGAAGAGGGUGGACAGAUCACUGAGGAGUGCAUGCUAGGAGACUGCAGGGUCAGCCUGCCCGAGGAACUACUUGAAGAUCCCGAAAUCUUCUUCUCUGUGAUGAGUGAAAGCACAUGGACUGAAGUGCUCUCCGAUUCCCAGCGGCAACACCUCUGUCAGUUUUUGCCACAAUUCCCCGAUAAUAACAAAGCAGAGCAGGGCAACGUCGUCGAUGACCUGUUCAACAACAGAAAUUUUCAUUUUGGAAAUCCUCUUCAUCUUGCACAAAAAUUAUUCAGAGAUGGUUACUUCAACCCUGAAGUUGUCAAGUACAGGCAGUUGUGUGCCAAGUCUCAGCAAAGACGACAGUUGUACUCACUUCAGCAAUAUUACCACAGGCUGCUGAAACAAAUCCUCGUCUCCCGAAAGGAGUUAUUAGAUUUUGCCGUUCACAAUGGUCUGGACUUUCCACCUAAGAGAAAGGUACAGACGAGGAGUCACGCAGAAAUACGAGAACAAAAGGUUAGAAGAAGACUGAGACGCAUUUUAAAGGAGGUGAAAACUGAAUGUGGAGACAGUAAUGCUUCAUCUGAUGAUGACGAUCUAACGUUGUGGACACCAGCACCACAGUCACCGUCCUCGCCGUCACCCACCGUCUCCCUCAGAGUUGUGCCCAGCCUCUCUACCCAAGAUAUGAAGACCACUGAAAAAACCCAACUUGGAGAGCAGGACUUGAAAGCCAUGUUACAAAACCAUCGGGAGAAGAGGAAGCGACAACCAGAUCAUCCAGACUUGAUGACCUCUGACAUCCACCUCAGUGACAUACUCUCCAGGGCAAAUAUUGGUCGCAAAUCAACCUUACCGCUUUUUGAGCUGUCUCUGCCGAAGAAAAAAAUCAAAGAAGAGAGAAAGAAGAAGAAAAUGAGAACGGUCAAAGUGGAAUCGGAGGAUCCCUGUGAUGCUCUUACUUCAGACGUCCCAGCUGCCCCUCUGGCGAACAUCAUUAACUCCAUGCCAGACACGCCGUUGACCCCGCUGGCCAACAUUAAGGAGGAAAUCCUGGAGGAGCCUCCGUGCAGCCCGGUGGUCGUGGAAGAACUAGCCGUCAGCUUCUUCAGCCUGUUGGAGAGCAUCUUGAGGACGGAGCACCUGGCCAGCACUUCAGUGCUGGAGGAGAAAGUCCAAAUGUGGCAGAUGUCUCCUGCGAGCUCACUCAACGCCUGGUUUUCAUCUGCUUCCUGCUGGUCUGAUUUGGUCCUCCACGCCUUGCAGUUUCUCGCUGGAGAGAGUAAAGAAGGUGUCAUGGCGCUCCCCAGCGGCUUCCUGCCAUUUGUGGAAUCCGUCGAUGAAACACAGCAGUGGAAGUGGAUCGGCCCCAUUCAGGAUGCAGAAAAGGACUUAAUUGCACUUUGUCAACUGUGGUUGGACUCUAAAGAUUUUGUGGUUAAGACUGAAAGUGAAGAGCUAUCGGAGUUAACACCCCCCAUGCCACGAGUUUCGACUGAUUACGUGGUGAGACCCAGCACGGGAGAUGAGAGACAACUCUUCCAAAUUCAGGAACAGCAGAGAUACAGCCAACCCCACAAAGCUUUCACGUUCCGCAUGCAUGGUUUUGAAUCGGUUGUGGGGCCCGUCAAGGGAGUGUUUGAUAAGGAAAUGUCUCUCAAUAAAGCUCGGGAGCAUACGCUGUUGCGCUCCAAUCGCCCGCCUUAUGUCACCAUCCUCUCUCUGGUUCGUGACGCAGCAGCCAGGCUUCCUAAUGGAGAGGGAACUCGGGCAGAAAUCUGCGAACUUCUCAAGGACUCGCAGUUUCUUGCCCCUGACGUCACAAGUGCACAGGUGAACACAGUUGUCAGCGGUGCUCUGGAUAGAUUGCACUAUGAGAAGGACCCCUGUGUGAAGUACGACAUUGGUCGCAAACUGUGGAUUUACCUGCACCGCAACCGCAGUCAAGAAGAGUUUGAGAGGAUCCACCAGGCUCAAGCGGCUGCCGCAAAAGCAAGAAAAGCACUGCAGCAGAAGCCAAAACCUGCGUCCAAGCCUAAAUCAGGCAGUAAAGAAGCAGGAGGUAAAACAACGGGAUCUUUGGAAGCAGGACAGGAUAUAGGUCCCAUGUCGCCGCCAGGGUCUACUCCAACCCAAAACACUCCUGGCACCCCAAAGUCACCCUUGCCCUGCACGGUCACGACACCAACUAAGACCACAGUCUCGGAUGCAAUCAAAUCCAACCCAGGCGUUCUUCUGGUGUCUCCCCCUUCCUUGCCUCAGCUGGGCUCAAUCUUACCCGCCAGUCAGGCCAGCCCAGUCACAUCUCAGUCUCUUCCUUCCCAACACGCGGCCCGAAUAGUGAGCCACCUGCAGGCAGGCUCACUCCCUCAGGUUCGGGUCGUCUCCACUCAGCCCGGACUGGGUUCUCUGUCAGGAAGUCAGCAAGCCGCUUUGGUUCAUCAGAACCCUCAUCAGAUCAGGAUGCCAGUGUCUGUGGCAACCAAGGGCAUCUCACAGGCAGUUGUGUCUGUGCCUUUGAGGAGCCAGUCUGCUAGUCCUGUUCAGGUGCCCAACACUUUGACGGUUUCCACGGCAACGGUGGCCAAAACGCUGACCGUGUCACCUGGCACCCCAGCCAACAUCCCCGCAUCGUCGUCGACUGUGCUGCAAGGAGUCGCAAGCCAAACCAUCAAACAAGUGUCCAUCACAGGCCAGUUAGGUGCGAAAGCCUCAGGAGCAGCCGGAAUUCCACUUACCGCCACAAACAUCCGCAUCCAGGGUAAAGAUGUCUUGCGCCUUCCGCCCUCCUCCAUCACCACGGACGCCAAAGGCCAGACUGUACUGCGGAUCACGCCGGACAUGAUGGCCACGCUCACCAAAUCACCCGUGGCGACAGUCAAACUCACUCCCGACUUCCUGGGCACGACCGCCGGCGGCUGUAGCAAGAGCAUAUCGGCCACGCUCCACGUCACGCCCCCGCAUACGUCUGUAUCCGCCUCUGCGUCCUGCACAGGGGAAGUAUCUGCCGCCAAAACGGCGCCUAUCUCUUCCACCCUGCUGAAAGCCGCGGGCGACACAGCCAUACGCCUGAUGCCCACUUUAGGCGUUACCGUGGCCGACCAGAAAUCUCGCACCUUCUCCACCGUCAGCUCUCCGGACAAGAGCGGCACCACCAUCCGGAUCAUGCCGGGCCUCGGGGUGAUCCCGCAGAAACAAGUUCAGACCAUCACCAUGACAACCGCCGGCUGCAGCAAGCCCCUGACGGUAUCCGCCGGCGGUAAUGUCAUGGCUGGCGCCAAGAGCAUCACGGUGGCCUCGGGAGCCUCGACUUCUCUGAAGCUGGGUGCAAACACAGCAACCAUGCGCCAGGUGCCUGCUCCUGUUGUCAACACACAGACGGGCAAGUUACCUGCCCGUAUCACAGUUCCUUUAUCAGUCCUCAACCAACCACUGAAAAGUAAAAGUGUGGUGACGACACCAAUUGUGAAGGGGAGUCUCAACACUAAUAUCAGCAGCUUGGGUAGGAACAUCAUCCUGACCACCAUGCCUGCAGGCACCAAGCUGAUUGCUGGGAACAAACCGGUCAGCUUCGUCACAGCGCAACAGUUCCAGCAGCUCCAGCAGCAAGGACAGGCCACACAGGUGCGAAUCCAGACAGUCCAGGCACAGCAGCUCCAGCAGCACAUGGCGGCAGCUUCCGCCAAAUCCGUCUCCACGGUCGUUGUCACCACUGCGCCUUCACCGAAAUGUCCACCCGAUCUCCCGCCUGCGCCUCCUCAGUGAUCUGUACUUGCCAUCUUGCGUCCUGUUUUUUUUUUGUGUGUUUUUGUAAUAUUGGCUAUCAGUGUGUAAUCUUUUCUGUGUAACUGGCAAGCACGUUCAUUGUUCUCCGUUGGACAAUGUUAUUUUUCUUUUUAAAUAACCUUAACUACAUUUCAUCCAUUUCAUUCCCUUUAAUGAUAAAUCUGAGAUGUUAAAUUACAAGUACUUACAAAAUUGAUUAAAUCUCAUAACUUUC